AUGAACCGUCAGGUGAAUUGGGCGAAAAUUUUCACAGCUCACUCAGAUUUUCCAUUCCAGCCUGUUCACCACUGUUUCGCUGGCCGUCCGCAUAGGAUAUGUUUUCUGAUUGAGCAUAUCUCCAACCUUCUGGACAUAAUUGUAAUCGAACGAUGGGAGAAAGGGGCCAGCCUUAUUAUAAAUCUUGCUUCCGCGGCCUGUUCUCCCUUUUUUGAUGCAGAAGCCGCUUCCGCCAGAACGAGGAAUAAUGAGUCGGGUAGAAAAUAUCUGUGA